AUGAUUCCCGAUAAUCGCGCGCUGCUCAACAUCGCAGGCAACUUCUUCUAUGGUGACCCCAUGCUCUACGCCGAUGGCUGUCAGUUCUGCCCCUCGGGGGUCAUUCAGCCCCUUGUCUUGACACCAGCCGACCUCACCAACCCCACUGGUGGCCACUGUAGACCCCAGGGGGAUGGAGCAAUAAUUGAGAUGACACGCGCAGGGGCCAACAAGAGGGGUGAGGCGAGUCUGCGGCAGAACUGUUUCACGCUGAACAAGCAGAUGGAGUGCACGGCGAACGAGACGCAGCGCAGCAGCGACGAGUGCCUGGCAUUCUGCAGCAUGUCGCGGGAGCUGGGGCCGUGCGACGGGCACGGAGCGUGUGUGCCGCCGCAGGCGGGGGCAGCAGAGGCGCGCUUCACGUGUGAGUGCGACGACGGAUACGUCCCGACCAACGGCACCCUCGGCUCCACCUGCGCCCGCCCUGCUCCGCCCCCUGCUGCAGGUACGCUGUGCUCUGUGUUUGCCUGCCUUGCUCCAACCCCCCCCUGCCCCACACGCACCCACCCACCACACAAAGUAGCACUCUCCACGGGUGCAGUGGUGGGCAUCGCUGUGGGCUCUGCUGCCGCCUUUGCACUAAUCCUCGCUCUCGUUGUCGCGCUGCUCUGGCCCCGCCAACGCCGGCGGUGGAGCGACCUGGACGUGUGUCAGGAGUUCAGCAUGGGGGAGAUUCUGCGGGCGACAGACAACUGGGCGAGCAGCAAUGUGUUGGGGAAGGGCGGCUUUGCCACCGUCUACAAGGGCGUCUCCUCCAAGGGCGAGCUCUGGGCUGUCAAGCGCAUCGCACUUAUGUCCAACGACUUUGAAACCAAGGUGCGGGCAAUGGCGUCGCUGCGGCAUGCGAACGUGGUGCGCCUGUUGGGCUUCUGUCUGCAUCAGAACGUGGAGAGCGGCCAGCAGGAGCAGAUCCUCGUCUACGAGUUCGUGCCCAACGGGGACCUCAAGUACCACAUCCAUGACUCCAAGACUCGCAAGGUGCAGGUGUACGAGCUGGGGGAGUUGAAGGACGCGGCACUGGAGGCGCCGGACGAGGCGGUGGUGGAGCUGGCAGACAUCGCGCUGGACUGCCUCAAGAUGCCCGCCUCGCGCCGCCCCAACAUGAAGGACGUCGCCCGCCGCCUCCAGAACCUCCUCUCGCUCUACUGCGGUGACGAGGACCUCUCCUCCCUCUCAGAACCCAGCCUUCGCUUGGCGGGAACGCCACGUGGCGAGAGCAGCUCGUUCGGGAGGAGUGACUGGUCGGAGGCAACGAGCAGUGCGUCCAAGCUCACCCAUUCGCUGUCAGAGAAGUGGCGGAUGAUUGAGUAG